AAAUUUAGCAAGCCAGAUCAAUUACUCCCUGAAUUGAGUAAGAUACCUGGGAUGACACCCCUGGUGGGUUCUGAGUUUUAUGCAAGCAGUUUGACUCAUUUUACUGCUAUUGUGCAAAAGGCUUAUAACACUUUAUCUCACUGAAGAAAAAGAAAUACAAACUGAAAUCAAUAUUUUCAGACCCACUACAUAUCUGUGUUGUCCUGAGGGUUAAAAAUGGAAAUAUUUGUUCAGUGCAGGACUUCUGACAGGCAUGGGUCCUGUAAGCCUGCUUUUGCUGUAGUCACAUUAGUCAGCUGAACAUUACUAAGGAAGUUUCACUACAUUCAUUCAGGCGCUGGGAAGGGAAAUAUUCCUGCUGACUCAUGCUUAUUGGUAUUUUCCUUGCUCCACCUCCAGUCAUUUUGGCUCCUCCUCUCCUCUCUUGCUGCUGGUUGCCUACUAUAUUUAAACAGCUGUCUUAGAGCAGAGAGAGGAUUCCAGGCUUGUAGUUUGGUUGGCUCUCCUGACUGUACAAUCACUUUCAUAAAGAUCCCACCUCUCAUCAGACCUGCUGCUAAAGCAGGUAGAUUCCAGAGCAUAAAUGCUUCCAGAUGGGAAGAUGUAUCCAUUAGUGACCAGACCCUCAAACAGGAGUGGGAUAAAGACACUGCCUGUUGUGAUCAUAGGGAAUGGACCUUCAGGAAUCUGUCUCUCAUACUUGCUGUCAGGUUACACCCCUUACUUCAAAAGACACUCUCUUCAUCCUAAUCCUAUUCUUCAGAGAAAACUGGAAGAGGCACCAGAAGUCUCUGUUUUGGACCAGGAUCUGGAGUAUCUCUCUGAAGGCUUGGAGGGACGAUCCCACAGCCCUGUGGCUCUUCUGUUUGAUACUCUGCAGCAUCCAGACACAGACUUUGGUGGGACAGCAGAAUCUGUGCUCACCUGGUGGCAUGAGCCUGACAGAGCCAUCCCCCACCUGGUCCUUGGCAGAAAUGCCCCUGGAGGUGCCUGGCACUCUAUAGAGGGCUCUAUGGUUACCCUGAGCAGAGGGGAAUGGAUGGGACUACCAGACCUCCCUUUCAAAGAAUGGUUAAAGCAAAAGAGAAGAGGCCUCAGAAACAAUAGAGCCACAGCAGAGGACAUUGCUCAAUAUUACCAACACUAUGUGAUGAAGAAAGGACUGCAGAAGAAUUUCAGAUGUGGCACUGUUGUGACCUCUGUGAGGAAAGUGAGUGCAGAGAGCAUCUCCAACCAUACCCAGAAAGAUCUUCAGGAGGAUAGUGACUCUCUCUGGAACUCAAAUGAAAAAAGUGCAGAGGUCUUUCAGGUGGAUGGAUUUUUCAAAACUGUGGAAGGUGAUAAAGAGCCCUUCUCUAUCUAUGCAGAGAAUGUGGUCUUGGCUACGGGAACAUACGACAAUCCUACCUGGCUUGGGGUCAAGGGAGAAAACCUUUCCUAUGUCCACCACCAGCUGUCUGCCCUAGAAGAAGCAGUGAAGAACAACAGUGUUGGCAUCAUGACAGAUCCAGUCUUGAUUGUAGGUGCUGGUCUGACAGCUGCUGAUGCGAUUCUCUUUGCUCACCAUUGCAACAUUCCAGUAAUCCACGUUUUUCGGAGACGAGUCACUGAUCCAGGCCUUAUUUUUAACCAGCUCCCCAAAACAAUGUACCCUGAAUACCACAAAGUCCAUCAGAUGAUGAAAGAACAGACAGCUGCCUGUGCUGGGCCCUAUGAGCACUACAUCAGCCUCCCUGAGCAUCACGUGCUCUCCUUUGGCAAGGACAGGAAAUGCAUCUUUCAAGACAAGAAUGGCUGUCAGAAAGCUUAUAAAAUUUCCAUGGCUCUUGUUCUAACUGGCUCAAACCCCAACCUCUCCUUUCUGCCAAAUGAUGGCAUUGACUUGGCAUUGGACAGUGACCAGCCAGUCAAUCCAAAGAGGAAUCCCAUAGAUGUUGAUCCAUUCACCUAUGAAUGCACUCAGGAGAAAGGGCUCUAUGCUCUGGGACCUCUAGCAGGAGAUAACUUUGUACGCUUUGUGCAGGGAGGGGCUCUGGCCGUUGCAAGCUCUCUGUUAAAGAAAGCCAACAAAAAUCCACCCUAACAAAAAACCCUAUCCCUGUACUACCUGUAGUAGGAUGGGUUAGUGCUUUUUCCAUCAAAUCAUCUGAUUUGUAUAUCCUCAAAUCUAAAGGCCAUUCCUGGUAUUCUUCAAGGUUAUAUGGAGAGAUAGUAAGUUCUUGCUGAGUUAUUUGAGAAGAUUAAGUAACCAAAUACAGGGUGGGUUCCACACACUGCAGUAUCUUCAGUGCCUGGGAAUUCAGCUCCUUUUCUGCAUAGCUGUGCAUAAUUACUGGGACUGAAGCUUGUGCCUGGAAAAACAAGGGGCAAGGAAUUGCUCUUCUAUCUAAAACCCUCCAGGUGACUGAAAAUUGGAUUGAGGAAUCAAUGUUAAUUAUUUUCAGAUAGCAGGCCCACAACACUGUCUGAUGGUGUCUUACAGUGUUUUGUCAUGAAACAAAGUAAACUGACCUGGUUUUAUUUACUCCUGUGGUUUGGCUGUAUGUUCUUGUUAGGCCAGAAAUCACUGCCAGGUGCUGCAGGUACUUCUUUGGCACAUGGAAGGAUACUCUGCAAGUAAGAACUGACAUACAAACACUCAAAACUGUAUUGUCUCACUGACACCAGCACAAGUAAUAUAUGACUCUUUUAAAAAAUCAAGAGAUUCCUGUGAUGGGUUCUUCUCCUUCCUGAGGAGAAAUGGUACUGAUUUGCAAAUACUUGGUCUGCCAUCUUGCAGCUUCCUACUCUCUAAAUCUUAAACCUGUGAUAGCCAAACUCUUGGCAGCUGCUGUAGAGACAAGCAGAACUAAAGGGGAGCUACAGGUCCAUCUUGGAACUGCCCACGUACUGUAUGGGGCUUCUGCUGCACAGAGGAUUCUGGAAAGGUGCAAUAUGUUAAAUACUGGGUGAAUUACUAAUGUAUUUUUUAAAAUAAUAUUAUUUGUAUAAGAGGGAAAAUGGCACAGUCACUUUUUGGUAGCUUUAUGCUAUAUAUAUAUAUAUUUAUAUAUAUGAACUUUUUAUACUGUUUUUUUUUAAAGAUUUUUAUUGGCAGAAUAUUUUGUUACAGUCUUUCAGUCUUCUGAAUGAGCUGGGGUAGAUGGCAGUGAUGCCUUAUGUUGUAAGCAGCAUUCUCAACAGAUCUACAGGGGCUUUCAUACCUCUCACAGGAAAAAAUUCAGUCAUAGCUAAUGUAAUUUGGUGUAAAUACAGACUCUGCUCCCUGUGCUGCACUGAAACUCACUGAUGUCAAAAGGCCCUGAAAAAUUGAGUGGGACAAAUGAAUUGGCCUGGAGUUGAGAUGUGGGAGGGGCUUGUCUGUGAAGUUACUGUAUCACACUUGAAUCAUUUUUCUUACUGACUACUCUUGUAUGAAACUUUCCAAUAAAGUGAUUUCAGAUGUA